AUGUCCAAGCUCAAAUGGUUACUCGACAAGGCGGCCGUUGAGAACGAGCCGGGACUCACCAAUGCUCAGAUGAUGUUGACCAACAAUGAUCUACGGCCAGUGGAUCCAGAAAGACGCCAAUGGAGAUGGGUCAACUUUAUUGCUUUUUGGAUUGCGGACUCAUUGAACAUCAACACAUGGAUGAUUUCUUCCUCGAUGAUCGUUGACGGUCUUUCCUGGUGGCAGUCUUGGAUCUGUGUCUGGGUUGGAUACUUCGUGGCUGCAGGUUUCGUGUGUCUGACUGGGCGAAUUGGUGCUGUCUAUCAUAUUUCUUUUCCCGUCACAGCCCGAGCUUCAUUCGGAAUAUGGGGCUCUUUAUGGCCCGUCCUCAACCGCGUGGUGAUGGCUAUUAUCUGGUACGGUGUGCAAAGUUAUAUUGGAGGCCAGUGUGUUACUUUGAUGAUCGAGGCCAUUUGGCCCAGCUACCGGAACCUUCACAAUGGUCUCUCUGCUAGUGCUGGCAUUGAUACCAAGAACUUCGUCAGCUUCUUCUUAUUCUGGUUGCUUUCACUUCCAGCCUUGUGGUUCCCCGUUCACAAAGUCCGUCACUUGUUCACCGCUAAGGCAAUCUACUCUCCUAUCGCUGCCAUCGCUUUCUUUGCCUGGGCUAUCUCCCGUGCCCACGGCCUCGGCCCGAUUAUCCACCAGUCCAACACCGUCCACGGAAGUGAUCUUUCAUGGGCGAUGGUGAAAGGAAUCAUGUCGUGCAUCGGAAACUUCGCGGCACUUAUCAUGAAUAACCCUGAUUUCUCACGAUUUGCGAAAACACCAAAGGACGCAUUCUGGUCCCAGCUAUUGACCAUUCCCGUCGGCUUUGGUGUCACCUCAUUCAUUGGAAUCAUCGUGUCUUCCUCCUCAUCGUUCCUCGAUGGAGCCAGUUCCGGUCAGCGCUUCGGUAUCUUCGUCAUCGCCACCGGAUUUGCCCUAGCCCAGCUCGGAACCAACAUUUCCGCCAACUCAAUCUCAGCAGGCACUGAUCUGACUGCCCUGCUACCCAGAUACAUGUCCAUCCGACGCGGUAGUUACAUCUGCGCCGCCGUCGGUCUAGCUAUGUGUCCAUGGAACCUUCUCUCAACCUCAAACAACUUCACAACCUACCUCUCAGCCUACUCCCUCUUCCUCUCCGCCAUUGCCGGUGUCAUGAUCUGUGACUACUACAUCGUCCGAAAGGGCUACCUGAACAUCAACUCUCUCUACAGCGCCAGCAAAACAGACUGCUACUACUACACUGGCGGUUUCUCGUGGCGCGCCUAUACCGCCUACAUCUGCGGUAUCCUGAUCAACAUCGUCGGCUUCGCCGGUGCUGUGGGUUGCAAAGUCCCUAUCGGCGCGGAAUACAUCUACAACAUUAACUAUUUCACCGGUGUCCUUGUUUCCGGUGGUGUGUACUUCGCUCUCACGUGGUUCUUCCCCGUUCCUGAGACAAGUGCUACGUGGAACGAGGUUGAUAUCGAUGUUGAGGAUUUCUCCGUUGCAUACGGAAAGGACCCCAAUGACUUGGAGGGUCAAGGGUAUGCUGAUCGGAGGUCAUUUGAUGGUGCGCUUGGGUCGGAUGAUCGGAAGGGCCCAAAUACUUCCAACAAGAAGAUUUGA